AACUCACUUUCCACGAAAUUUCCCAUUUUCUCAUUUCACCCUUCAUCUAAUCUGUUUAUUUAAUACUUCUCCACUUUUACCAUUCUAUUCUCUCAUUGCCAACAUUUUUCUUUUGCACUCACUUUUCUUCCCUUGUUUAAACCUAAUAUUAGAUUCAAAUAUCAUUAGCAAGAUUGAAAUCCAUAUAUUUUGUUUACCCAGUUUGUAAAAUCAAUCUUUGAAACCCAUAUCCCAUUUUUUAUUGAAAGGGAGUUGAAUUGGAGUCGGAGAUGGAGAACAACCAGCAAUCCUUUUGGCAAUUCAGUGAUCAACUUAGGGUCCAAAAUUCCAACUUGGCGAACCUUUCGCUCAACGAUUCGAUAUGGAGCAGUGGUUACGUUUCGAAGAGGCCUGACGAGAGGAGGAAUUUUGAUAUCAGAGUAGGCGGCGAACUGAACUCCGUCAACAGCUUGAAGCCGAAGGUCACCGAUUUCAACUCUUUCAGCAACGAUGGGUGGAAAAUCGGAGCCACCAGCGACGCCAACAUCGGGUUCGGUCCGAUUGGUCCGAUUGGAUCUCAGAAGAACGUUGGGGUCAACGGUGGGUUCAACAAAGGGAUCUAUUCCAAACCAGGGAACAACAACAAUAACUUCAAUGUUAAUUUGAAAGGGAACAAGAACAAAGGAGAAGAUAAUCAUGGAACCAAGAGUGGGAAGAAGAACAGCAACAAGAAAAACAAUAACAACAACGACAAUAACAACGAAAACAAGGAUGGGAAAAGUGCUGCUGAUAAAAGGUUUAAGACACUGCCACCAUCUGAAUCAUUGCCGAGAAAUGAAACUGUCGGCGGCUAUAUUUUUGUCUGCAACAACGAUACCAUGGAGGAGAAUCUCAGAAGACAGCUCUUUGGUUUGCCUCCACGUUACCGUGAUUCAGUCCGGGCAAUAACUCCGGGCCUGCCUCUGUUCCUCUACAACUACUCCACCCACCAACUCCAUGGUGUUUUUGAGGCUGCAAGCUUUGGUGGAACAAACAUUGACCCAACUGCCUGGGAGGACAAGAAAUGCCCUGGCGAAUCUCGAUUCCCUGCUCAGGUUCGCGUUAUUACAAGGAAAAUCUGCGAGCCACUUGAAGAAGAUUCAUUUAGGCCAAUUCUCUAUCACUACGAUGGUCCAAAAUUCCGCCUUGAACUCAACAUCCCAGAGGCGCUUUCCCUGUUGGAUAUAUUUGCUGAUCAACAAGAUUCUUGUAUUUCUUAAGCAACAAGAUGCUUGAGCAAAACUUAAACACUAGGCAUAUCGAUACAAAUACAGAUACACACAGAGAUAAUGAAGAGAAGAGUUUGAAGAAUAAGUAGAGAAAAAAGAAAUUAUAUUUGUGAAAGUGCCUUUGUUAGAUGUAAAACUUUUUUUUUCACAGGCUUUGCCGUGAGUUUUUUUUACUGUUUGGCUUAUACAUAAAUAAUACUUGAAACUCAGUGAUAAA